AUGAGCGAAGAAAAGGGAGGUGUGAGAAAAGGGCGGAGCGAGAAAAGGGAGGGCGAGAAGAGCGAGAAAAGAGAGGAGCGAGAAGAGAGAGGAGAGAAAAGAAAAAGGAGCGAGAGGAGUGAGAAGAGAGAGGAGCGAAAAGAGAGAGGAGAGAGAGGAGCAAGAAGAGAGAGGAGCGAGAAGAGAGAGGAGCGAGAAGAGAGAGGAGCGAGAAAAGAGAGGAGUGAGAAAAGAGAGGAGCGAGAAAAGGGAGGUGCGAGAGGAGCAAGAAAAGGGAGGAGCGAGAGUAUCGAGAAAAGAGAGGAGCGAGAAGAGAGAGGAGCGAGAAAAGAGAGGAGCGAGAAAACAGAGGAGAAGAGAGAGGAGAGGAGAGAGGAGCGAGAAAAGAGAGGGGCGAGAAAAGAGAGGAGAGAGAGGAGCGAGAAGGGCGAGAAGAGAGAGGUGCGAGACGAGAGAGGAGCGAGAAGAGAGGAGAGAGAUGAGCGAGAAGAGAGAGGAGCGAGAGGCGCGAGAAGAGAGCGAGAACAGGGAGGUGCGAGAGGAGCAAGAAAAGGGAGGAGCGAGAGGAGCGAGAAAAGAGAGGAGCGAGAAAAGAGAGGUGCGAGAAAAGGGAGGCGCGAGAAAAGAGAGGAGCGAGAAAAGAGAGGAGCGAGAAAAGGGAGGUGCGAGAGGAGCAAGAAAAGGGAGGAGCGAGAGUAUCGAGAAAAGAGAGGAGUGAGAAAAGGGAGGAGCGAGAAAAAGGAGGCGCAAGAAACGGGAGGAGCGAGAAAAGAGAGGAGCGAGAAAAGGGAGAGCGAGAAGAGCGAGAACAGAGAGGAGCGAAAAGAGAGAGGAGCGAGAAGAGAGAGGAGAGAGGUGCGAGAAGAGAGAGGAGCGAGAAGAGAGAGGAGCGAGAAGAGAGAGGAGCGAGAGGGGCGAGAAGAGCGAGAAAAGGGAGGAGCGCGAAAAGAGAGUAGCGAGAGGAGCGAGAAAAGAGAGGUGCGAGAAAAGAGAGGAGCGAGAAAAGAGAGGAUCGAGAAAAGAGAGGAGCGAGAGGAGCGAGAAAAGAGAGGAUCGAGAAAAGAGAGGAGCGAGGAGAGCGAGGAGCGAGAAGAGAGAGGAGCGAGAAAAGAGAGGAGCGAGAAAACAGAGGAGAAGAGAGAAGAGAGGAGAGAGGAGCGAGAAAAGAGAGGGGCGAGAAAAGAGAGGAGAGAGAGGAGCGAGAAGGGCGAGAAGAGAGAGGUGCGAGACGAGAGAGGAGCGAGAAGAGAGGAGAGAGAUGAGCGAGAAGAGAGAGGAGCGAGAGGAGCGAGAAGAGAGCGAGAACAGGGAGGAGCGAGAGGAGCAAGAAAAGGGAGGAGCGAGAGGAGCGAGAAAAGAGAGGAGCGAGAAAAGAGAGGAGCGAGAAAAGGGAGGAGCGAAAAAAGGGAGGGCGAGAAGAGCGAGAAAAGAGAGGAGCGAGAAGAGAGAGGAGAGAAAAGAGAGAGGAGCGAGAGGAGUGAGAAGAGAGAAGAGCAAAAAGAGAGAGGAGCAAGUAUAGGGGGGAGCGAGAGGAGCGAGAAAAGAGAGGAGCGGGAGGAGGAGGAGCGAGAGGAGCGAGAAAAGGGAGGAGCGAGAAAAGGGAGGGCGAGAAGAGCGAGAAAAGAGAGGAGCGAGAAAACAGAGGAGAAGAGGGAAGAGAGGAGAGAGGAGCGAGAAAAGAGAGGGGCGAGAAAAGAGAGGAGAGAGAGGCGCGAGAAGGGCGAGAAGAGAGAGGUGCGAGACGAGAGAGGAGCGAGAAGAGAGGAGAGAGAUGAGCGAGAAGAGAGAGGAGCGAGAGGAGCGAGAAGAGAGCGAGAACAGGGAGGAGCGAGAGGAGCAAGAAAAGGGAGGAGCGAGAGGAGCGAGAAAAGAGAGGAGCGAGAAAAGAGAGGUGCGAGAAAAGGGAGGAGCGAAAAAAGGGAGGGCGAGAAGAGCGAGAAAAGAGAGGAGCGAGAAGAGAGAGGAGAGAAAAGAGAGAGGAGCGAGAGGAGUGAGAAGAGAGAAGAGCAAAAAGAGAGAGGAGCAAGUAUAGGGGGGAGCGAGAGGAGCGAGAAAAGAGAGGAGCGGGAGGAGCGAGAAAAGAGAGGAACGAGAAAAGAGAGGAGCGAGAAAAGAGAGGAGCGAGAAAAGGGAGGUGCGAGAAAAGGGAGGAGCGAGAGGCGCGAGAAAAGGGAGGAGCGAGAAAAGGGAGGGCGAGAAGAGCGAGAAAAGAGAGGGGCGAGAAGAGAGAGGAGAGAAAAGAGAGAGGAGCGAGAGGAGUGA